CAGCAGGAUUGGUCGCCCCGCGCCUACGAGGGGGAGGGGAGGCGGGCAGCGCGCACUCGCGCGUGCGUGAGCUGGCGCGCGAGAAAGCGCUCGGUCGCGCCGAGGCUCGAGCGGCCGUCGCCAUUUUGUAGGGUUCUCUCUGACGCGGGACCCGCCGCCACCGCCGGCACCACCCGGAGGCUCUUGUCAGGAUGGUGAAGCUGUUCAUUGGAAAUCUGCCCCGGGAGGCCACAGAGCAAGAGAUCCGCUCACUCUUCGAGCAGUACGGGAAGGUGCUGGAAUGUGACAUCAUUAAGAACUAUGGUUUUGUGCACAUAGAGGACAAGACGGCCGCUGAGGAUGCCAUACGCAACCUGCACCACUACAAGCUGCACGGAGUGAACAUCAAUGUGGAAGCCAGCAAGAAUAAGAGCAAAGCUUCAACCAAGUUACAUGUGGGCAACAUCAGCCCCACUUGUACCAACCAAGAGCUUCGGGCCAAGUUUGAGGAGUAUGGCCCAGUCAUCGAAUGUGACAUCGUGAAAGAUUAUGCCUUUGUACACAUGGAGCGGGCAGAGGAUGCAGUGGAGGCCAUCAGGGGCCUUGACAACACAGAGUUUCAAGGCAAACGAAUGCAUGUGCAGUUGUCAACUAGUCGACUUCGGACUGCCCCUGGGAUGGGAGACCAGAGUGGUUGCUAUCGGUGUGGGAAAGAAGGACACUGGUCCAAAGAGUGCCCAGUAGACCGUACAGGGCGUGUGGCAGACUUGACUGAGCAGUACAAUGAGCAGUAUGGAGCGGUGCGCACGCCCUACCCCAUGGGUUAUGGGGAAUCCAUGUAUUACAACGAUGCCUACGGAGCACUUGACUACUAUAAGCGCUACCGGGUCCGAUCUUAUGAAGCUGUGGCAGCAGCCGCUGCAGCUUCUGCGUACAAUUAUGCAGAGCAGACCAUGUCUCAUCUUCCGCAAGUCCAGAGCUCAGCUGUACCCAGUCACCUCAACUCCACUUCUGUUGAUCCCUAUGACAGACACCUAUUGCAGAACUCCGGCUCAGCGGCCACCUCAGCAGCCAUGGCCGCCGCCGCCGCCUCUUCCUCCUAUUAUGGCAGGGACAGGAGCCCACUACGUCGGAAUGCAGCUGUGCUCCCUGCAGUUGGAGAGGGCUACGGUUAUGGGCCAGAGAGUGAGAUGUCUCAGGCUUCAGCAGCGACACGGAAUUCUCUGUAUGACAUGGCCCGGUAUGAGCGGGAGCAGUAUGUGGACCGAGCACGGUACUCAGCCUUUUAAAAACUGGAGGUAGGAUAAUUGCGGACUGAACCCUCGGGCUGCGGUCAUAUAUGAGAACUUGGUCCUCGCGGUCCCCUUUGCCGGGAUGUUUCCAUUGCUUCAUGUUUCAGUAAACAAAGGAAUUUGUGACCAACUAUGUUUUUUUUUCUUAAUUUAAUUCUAAGUUAACUUCUUUCCUCGAUGCUAGUUGUCUGUAGCCUUUCACUGUUCCUUAUAUUCUCAGCCUCUGAACAGCCCUAGGUAAGGAUUCUGCUGGCAUCCCCCUUUUUCCUGUACAGUGGAGCCCCUAAGAGUUGAGCCCUUUGUCCCUGCCUUCCUGCAGCAUCUCCGUUCCCUUUAAAAUGACCAUGUAGUGGCAAGCAGCCUUUAACUCUUCUGUUAGCUCUGGACUCUAACACUGAAGCUAAACUUCUGAAGUUGCUAGGACCAUUGGGGUUUUGUUGUUGUUUUGGUUUGAUUUUUUGUUUGUUUUGUUUAUUUUGUUUUACCGGUUUUGUCUGACCUGUGAUCGUGGUAUAGCAUUAGCUGAAAUUUAGCCUUGUUUUAUUCCACUCCUCCCAUUUUUUUUUUUUGACAAAUAAAUGUUUCUAACACUUAA